AUCCGAACCCAUUCCAGAAUUUGGAUCAAGAAAGGUGGGCGAGUAGCCCAGACUGCAGACCGAGGAGAGAGUAAGAAAGAAACACAUGCGUGCAUGUUGAACGAGGAAACGCUUCGCCUGUGAAGUAGUAGUUUUCAAAAUCUAGAUUCCGUGGUGAAAUGGUAUACUGAAGUUAGGGGAGUGGGUGGCAAUCGGAUAUUAGAUAUAUAUACACACAUCGUAGCUUAGCGAGAGGGGCCGGAAAAGGAGCAGAAAGGAGAAAAGGCUGAGGGAAACCUCGGAUCCACAACAAAUCCUCUCCCAGAGUCUUUUCUUUCCCCAUUCGUUCUCAUUCCUUGUUUUUGCCCUCGCCCCCAGUCUCCAUUCUCUCCUCUUCUUUUCUUCCCGACUAGCUUGCUCCAUCUCCUCGUGAGUGAUGAGAUCUUGUUCUUGAUUGUAUCCGAAAUCCUUACCAUCUAAAGAAUCGCCGAGCGAUUAAUAAUGGGAGCUCGCUGCUCCAGAUUCUCCCUCUGCUGGUGGCCCGCCCACUUCAAGUCCUCUGUCCUCGAGCCGGCCGACGAUCUUGAGAAUGGGGGCGACGGCGAUCGGGACGGCGUGCCGAGGUUUGCCGAGUUCAGGCUGGAGGAGCUUCGGGCGGCCACCGAUGGCUUCUCCCCAGACCACAUCGUCUCGGAGCACGGCGAGAAGGCCCCCAACGUCGUCUACCGCGGCCAACUCCUCAACAGCGACCGCACCGUCGCCAUCAAGCGCUUCAACAAGUUCGCCUGGCCCGACCCGCGCCAGUUCCUCGAGGAGGCGAGAGCGGUGGGGCAGCUCCGGAGCGAGCGGCUGGUCAACCUCAUUGGCUGCUGCUGCGAGGGUGACGAGAGACUGCUGGUCGCCGAGUUCAUGCCCCACGAAACCCUAGCCAAGCACCUCUUCCACUGGGACACGCAGCCUUUGAGUUGGCCAAUGAGGAUAAGAGUCGUGUUGUACCUAGCACAGGCGCUGGAGUAUUGCAACAGCAAGGGGCGGGCGCUCUAUCACGAUCUCAAUGCAUACAGAGUCCUCUUUGAUCAGGAUGGUAAUCCCAGGCUCUCCUGUUUUGGCCUCAUGAAGAACAGCAGAGAUGGGAAGAGUUAUAGCACGAACUUAGCAUUCACACCUCCGGAGUACCUCAGGACAGGGAGAGUGACGCCAGAGAGUGUAGUAUACAGCUUUGGAACUCUGCUGCUUGAUCUUCUUAGUGGAAAGCAUAUUCCCCCAAGCCAUGCACUUGACCUAAUUCGUGGUAAGAAUUUUCUUAUGCUGAUGGAUUCUUGUUUGGAGGGGCAUUUCUCCAAUGCUGAUGGGACUGAACUGGUGCGACUGGCUUCUCGUUGUUUACAAUACGAACCUCGUGAGAGGCCAAAUCUGAAGUCAUUAGUGACCACUCUUACAUCUCUCCAGAAAGAUGCAGAAGUGCCCUCAUACAUAUUGAUGGAUAUUCCACGUGGUCCUACAAACUCUGUGCAAAUACUUUCUUUAUCUCCUCUUGGUGAAGCUUGCACCAGGUUAGACCUCACUGCUAUACAUGAAAUAUUGGAGAAGAAUGGAUACAAGGAUGAUGAAGGAAUAGCCAAUGAGCUUUCUUUCCAAGUGUGGACCAGCCAAAUGCAGGAGACUUUGAACUGUAAGAAACAUGGCGACAGCGCUUUUCGGGCUAAAGAUUUUGGAACUGCAAUUGAUUACUAUACACAGUUUAUCGAUAGCGGAACAAUGAUUUCUCCAACAGUAUUAGCAAGGCGUUGCUUGUCAUACUUGAUGAACGAUAUGCUACAAGAGGCUCUAGGAGAUGCAAUGCAAGCACAGGUAGUGUCGCCCGAGUGGCCUACUGCUUACUAUCUUCAAGCUGCUGCUUUGCUUAGUCUUGGAAUGGAAAUCGAUGCCCAAGAAUCACUUAAAGAUGGUGCUGCUCUGGAGACUGAAAGGAAUAAAAAAUACUGAAGUGUAAAGGUUUAUCAUUCUGUUUUUUUUUGUCUGUAGCUUUCAUUUCUUUUAAUUGGCGUUGAUCUGCACCAAUAGGGUCGGGUUCGCCUGCCCCUUUGUUGAAGUCUGUAUCAUGCACGAUGAUGGGACCAAAAAUUGAAAUAUAUUCACCAAAUGAAGUUGAUGAUA